GAUCCAACAACGACCAUUCUGAUUGGUUAAUUCUGUCGCUUGGUAUGCCCCGAUCUUUCCCUGCUAAAGGGGGUUUAUUGUUCCUCCGAGUCAAGUGGCGAUAUAGAUUUUAGCUGGACCUCCUUAGAUCUCAUUCAAAAAUAAUACGUUGCUGAAAUGGCAGGAGGUAAGGCAGGUAAGGAUAGCGGCAAGGCUAAGGCAAAAGCAGUGUCUCGCUCCCAAAGGGCUGGACUUCAGUUCCCGGUGGGUCGUAUCCACAGGCACUUGAAGACCCGCACUACAAGCCAUGGUCGUGUGGGUGCGACAGCAGCCGUCUACAGCGCAGCCAUCCUUGAAUAUCUCACAGCUGAAGUUUUGGAGUUGGCAGGAAAUGCCUCAAAAGAUCUAAAGGUGAAGCGUAUCACUCCUCGUCAUUUACAGUUGGCCAUUCGUGGAGACGAGGAGUUGGACUCCCUCAUCAAGGCAACCAUUGCUGGUGGUGGUGUGAUUCCUCACAUCCAUAAGUCUCUGAUCGGUAAGAAGGGUCAGCAGAAGACUGUGUAGUUCCCAUUGGAGUGACUACGGGGACAUGGACUCAAGGACUUGCAUUUGGAAAGCGUGACCAGAUCGGCUUGUGUUCAUCCAUUCAUCCAUUCUCAUUUUUUUUUUUAAGUUAAUAUUAAUGUUAUACUAGCUAACCAUGAGUGAUUUGUUAGUUUUGUGUUAAUGUUAUAUCGCCAAAACUAGAAUGGCAAAUAAAUCCCCUCAACCCAAAUGUCAGGUAUUUUAGAGAGAGACAAGCAGGAAGUGUCUGAAAUUUCCUGCCGUGACUGUGGAGUUGUUUCUUAAAUUGGCCAGAGCUAUGAAGCUGUUUUAUACUGAAAUGGAAAUAAAACAUUUUAUACAAAACAA